AUGAAAUCCGACCCCGUUAUUGAGAGGAUUAAGACACGUGUGGCUGGAGUAGAUCCCAAUGGACCCAGGAAAGUGCUUGGCGUCUUCCAGUUGAACAUUAAAGCUGCCGAUGGAAUGCACAAGUGGGUGGUUGAUCUCAAGGCACUCAAUGUUAAGGAAGGCACUGUGGACAAUCCCGAUGUCACCCUCAACGUCGAUGAUGAGGAAUUCUUCCUGAUUGGCACGAAGCAAGUUCCAGUUCCGGAUGCUGUGGCUCAGGGAAAAAUUGAAAUCAUCGGAGAUCAGACACUGGCUAAUGCCCUCAUUGAACAACUCAAAUAAAACAAGGAUGUCCUGCCAAAUAUUGCCCUCGAUAACUCAGAAAUUUCCUUUGUAUAAUCAUUGAGAAAGAUCCAAUAAAAUAGGUCAUAAGUGUUCAUUUUCAUCCAAAA